UAGUGUUUUCUUAGCAUGUUCUACGAAGUUUCUCUUGACUUACUUGCCAAUUUCCCAUUUGCUUCAGUCAUCAGGAAAACAAGUUUCCCAUUGAAUACCUUUAGCUUCACUUAUUGAGUCUUCAACUCUGAAUCUAACUUCUCUCUUUACAAAACAAAAAGGGGAAAAAAAAGAUUGCAUUUAGAUAGGAAAUUUCUUGAUCUUGGUUAUCUUCUUGAGGUUACUUCAAGGCUUAUUUUUCCACUGUAAUCAGAAUCUUUGAAGAGAUAGUGGUACUGAAGCCAAUUUUAUUGGCAUUUCUAUAGUCCAGGGACUUGCUAAUGGAGAUGUUAGGUGCAAUUCUUGAUCUUGGAAAAACGAUAUUGGCUCCGAUUAGUGAAUAUUACAAGUAUCACAGAAGCGUUGAUGAACAUAUGAAAAAUCUCAAGAGAAAACGAGACGAUUUAGAAUGCAAAAAGUCGGACAUUGAAUUAAAAAUAAGGGCAGAACUUCUUCCAAGAAAGAAACUAAAAAGAGAAGUUAAAUUUUGGCUCCAAAAGGUAGAAACGAUUAAUGCGGAUAUACAAAACAUUGAACAAGAGGCUGAAAGAGGGAAGUAUUUCUCACGUAUGCAUGUAGGAAAAUUUUCUUGUAAGAAGAUACAAGAAGUGGCAGAAUUAAUUGAUCAAAGUUGUGGUUUCGGUGAAAGUUUAGUAAUUGAUCCACCUGUAAGCUAUGGAGAUGAAUUGCCAACUGGGGCAUUAGUGGGAGAGAGUACAGCUGAAAUAACAAUGGAAAAUAUUUGGAAACACUUGUUAGAUGAAGAUUGUGGAAUGAUUGGUGUUUAUGGUAUGGGAGGGGUUGGUAAAACGACUAUCACGAAACACAUCAAUAAUCGCCUGUUAAAAGAGAAAGAAAAGUUCAAUCAUGUAAUUUGGGUUACUGUAUCAAAGGCAUUCGAUGUUAUCAAACUACAAAAUGACAUUGCCAGCAAGUUGGAUCCAAAUCCUUUAAAGUCUGAGGAUGAAACAACAAGGGCAGGCAAGCUGUAUGCAGCAUUGAAAGAAAUGAAGAAGUGGGUGCUAAUUCUAGAUGAUUUGUGGAGUGCAUUUCCACUGGAGAAUAUAGGGAUCCCGGAGCCUACUUCAGAAAAUGGGUGCAAAUUGGUAUUGACAACUCGAGAUGCUAAAGUUUGUGAUGGAAUGAAUUGUAAAACUAUUAAAGUGGAGCUUCUUUCGAUAAAAGAGUCGCAUGAUUUGUUCUUGAAAACAGUGGGCUGUGAUGUUUCAAAUAUUCCAGAAGAUGUUGUGGAAGGCGUUGUCAAACAAUGUGCUCGUUUGCCUCUUGCAAUCAUCACAAUAGCAGGAAGUUUAAAAAAUGUAGUUGAUGUUUUUGAGUGGAGGAACACAUUGAAUGAGUUGAGGACAUCAACAAAAGGGUCGGCACAUGUAGAUGCUCCAGUAUUUAAGAGCCUUCAAUUCAGUUAUGAACGCUUAAAAGAUAAGAAACUUCAAGAUUGUCUCUUGUGUUGUGCACUAUACCCUGAAGACUAUGAGAUUUACAGAGAUGAGUUGAUAGAGCAUUUGAUUGGUGGGAAAGUAAUAGAAAACAUGAAGAGUAGGCAAGAAGAGUUGGAUCAGGGGCAUACUUUGUUGAAUAAGCUUGAAAAUGCCUGCUUAUUAGAAGGUGGGUCUAAAGAUUUUGAAAUCAAAGAUAUUUUAGAAAAAAGGCGUUUUGUGAAGAUGCAUGAUCUAAUAAGAGACAUGGCCCUCCAGAUUGCAGGUGCUAAGUUCUUGGUAUUAGAAGAUGUUCCAAAUGAAGAAGAAUGGGGAAAUGAUGUUGAAAAGGUUUCUUUGAUGUGCAAACGUGGUUCAAAAUUUUCUUAUGUGUCACCAAAAUGUCCUAAGCUUUCGACCUUGCUUCUACGAGGAUAUGCAAACAUCAUCCCGGAUUCAUUUUUUGUGCACUUGAAGCAUCUUACUUCAUUAAGACUUAUUGAUAGUUUUCUUAUUAGGCGUGUUCCUUCAUUAGCAAAGCUUACAGAAUUAAGGAGUUUGGAUCUUUCGGCAGAAUCACUGGAAGAAAUACCUCAUGGUUUGGAAAUGUUGGUCAAUUUGAGAUACCUUAAUGUUUAUAGUAUUAAAACGAAUCAAGAGAAGAUGCCACCAGGGAUUUUACCCAAACUCUGUCAACUCCAAGUCCUCAAAUUGCCUUUUUGGGGUUUAGAAGUUAAUGGAGAGGAGGUGGUAAGGUUGAAGAAAUUAGAGUGGUUUGAAGGUGAAUUUGAUGGCGUUAAAGGCUUCAAUACAUAUGUUGAAUCCUUAGAGGAGGGAGGACCUGGCCAUUACAUAUAUGCCGUGAAUAAAAAAAAGCCAGCUAGCCAGCUGGGUGUUGCCGAGUUGGGCGAAAGUGUAAUUUUAAGUGACUGCAAUAUAUGUCUACUCCCAAAAGACGUUCUUGCCCUAAUAAUUAGCGAAGGUCAAAAAUGCGGUUUGUCUUCGGACUACUGGAAAAAGAGUGUUUGGUUUAAGGGGUGUGAAGAAAUAGAAUACAUUCAUUCUUCUUUUGACAUCUUUUCUCUUCAAAGCCUUGAGAUUCUAGAUCUCUACGAAUUGAAUAAUUUAAAGGGACUGUUUAGAGAAGAGAAAGUCGCACCAGCACCGGUCGUCUCCCUCGGCACCUUUUCCCGCCUCAAACAAUUUUCAAUAGAAUUUUGUCCGAAUAUAAAGAAGCUCUUCCCGCCUGGGUUGCUGCUGGACAACCUGGAACAGAUUAGGGUCUGUGACUGUAAACAAUUAGAGGAAAUCCUAGGUGGGGCUGAAGCAUCUGAUGAUGAAGUUGAAGAAGAAGCAAAAGAAAUUGUGGAAAUAUUCCCCCAAUUGAGGAAUUUGACAUUAGAGUAUUUACCGAAGCUGAAGACCAUAUGCAGUAGAAGUAAUGUAAUACUUUGUGAUUCUCUCGAUUCUAUUGACAUAUUUGAGUGUCCGAAGCUUAAGAGAUUACCUCUUUCUCUGCACCUUAUUGAUGGAGAACUAUCUUCUCCGCCUUCUUCAUUACAAAUCUAUAUAAAGAAAGAAAGGUGGGAAUUGCUGGAAUGGGACAAUCAUGAUAUGAAGAUGGUCCUUGAACCUUUCAUUGAAUGGUACCCAAGAAUCGUAUGACUCUUCCUCUGAUACGUCAUCAAGCCAAAGCCAACUCAAGAAAUAAUUGUGUGGCAUGGUCCGCGUGGACCCGCAACUAGAUCUUGGCUCUCAAAUGUGUUUCUGUGUAAUUCUUAGCUCUUUUGGUUCUGAUUUGCUUUUAAAUGAACUUUGUUGUGUUAUGAUUUAUGAACAUGUGUUCUUCUCUUUGGCUGAGUGGGAUGAUCUUCUGUAAUAAAUUGAUACUCCAUGUUAAUUUGUUUAGUAAUUGUGAAAGGAUUCAAACAUUCUCUGUUUCUGCUUUAGAGAUAAUGUGAACUAGAUAAACUGUGAGUGUGCAAAUGUUUCCAAUUGCAUAAGAGCGCACACAUCCUUUUUUCUGAACUUGUAACCCAGUUAACAGCUGCAUUGGCUGUUCUUUUUAUUAGACAC